UCUUCUUAUUAAAUAACUAACCAAUACAACUGCUACCUAGGUACGUGGUACGUUGCACGGUUCGGUGACAGGACGUUCCCCCGACUUGACUCGACUCGGCUGACUCUGACUGGCGCUAAACAACUUUCUCCUCCUCCUUCUCCUCCUCCUCUUUUCUGCUGCCCCUAAAAAUCUCACGGCUCAACCUGACUACGUCACAACUUUUCUCCCUUCCUCUCUGUCACUCUCAAGUACUCUAUCAUCAAUCGUCCACCGCGCGCAACGCGAUAGCCCGACCAGGCGCUGUUCUUUUUUGCACCGCGUUUUUUUUUAACACUCCCCCAAACCCUCCGUAUUCGAAUUAAUCUUUUUCGUCCUUUUUCCGCCCGGCGUUAUUGUCACACUGCCAUUCGCUUCACCGGUCGCUUGCGGCCAUUCCUACUUGAAUCCAUCCCAAACAGAAUAUGUCUGCUGCAGUCGCCUCUAGAGCCUCGACGCACAUCUCCAAUCCUAGCGCUCGUACUUCUGUCGCUCCCAUGGACGCGAAGAAGAAGGCGAUGAAAGCAGAAGAGUCGCAAGCGCCCGCUGCUGAGAAUAAAGACGUGAAGGGGGAAAUCGACUCGCAGGCCUCAGUUGCGCCUCGACCUGCCAUCACCACUGCCUCGGACACGCCCGACUACUUCAACUCGGUCCACAACCCGUUCUCGCUGGAGCCGAACCCCUUUGAACAAUCCUUCGCCUCCGGGGACACACCCGGCAAGUCCCUCCUUCCUCCCGUCGCCUCCUUGACCUCGCCUGCCCUGGGGGGCGCCAGCUCUGCGGGAGGUUACAACUGGUCGAACUCCCUUCGCUCCGGCCCCCUGAGCCCGGCAAUGCUCGCGGGGCCUACCGGUCCCAAUGAUUACUUCGACAGCAUCGGCAGAGGCUUCCCGACCCCGAACGAAUCGUCGCUCCGCACCGGCCUGACCCCUGGCGGCGGCGGUUCCAUGUUCCCGGCGCCCAGCCCCAACUCCCAGGCCAUCCUCCAGCAACUCCAGAACGGCGGCGCCACCCCGUCGACGAUUGAAUUCCACCGUACCGCCCUCAACGCGGCCAAGAAGAACGGCGCACACGCUCCCACCUCAAACCCCGCCUCUCAAACCGAGCAGGCCGCCGCCGCCGCCCAGUCGUCCAACAUGGACUUGAAAAACCAACCGACGGCCGUCGACCCCUUCACCCACCACGACGCCGCUGAUGCCGCUAACGGUCUUUUCAUGCUGGCCAAGGGUGGCCAGCCGAAUCCCGCCCAAUAUCCCGUCCCCGGUCAGCCGGCGCUCGGGGUCCAGCAUGACCAGUCGCGCGACCCCAGCGGCGCAACCAAAGCAGCCUUGAUUGGUGCCGGCAAUGGCGCCCGCGAGCUGAGUGACGACCUGUCCGAUGCGCAGGGCGAGCUGAUGAAACCGACCGCCAAGGGCAAAAACAAAAAGGGCGCCGCCACGAAAGCCUCCGCUGCCGCCAACAACAACAGACGCAAGGCCGACGACUCUCCCGUGGCCAAGGGCUCCAACAAGAAGGCGAGGGUGAACAACGGUUCGGUCAGCACCGAGCCGCCCUCGGAUCCCGGCGAUUCGGAUGACGAUGAUGACUUCAGGCGGAAGUCUCAGAUCGAUCCCAAGAAGAUGACAGAUGAAGAGAAGCGGAGGAAUUUCCUCGAGAGAAACCGGGUCGCUGCACUCAAAUGUCGUCAACGGAAAAAGCAAUGGCUGGCUAACCUUCAGGCUAAGGUUGAGCUGUUCACCACGGAGAAUGAUGCUCUCACCGCAACCGUGACGCAGCUUCGGGAAGAGAUUGUGAAUCUGAAGACGCUGCUAUUGGCGCACAAGGACUGUCCUGUCUCCCAAGCUCAAGGCCUGGGCCCUCUCAUGAUGAACGGCAUGUCCGCCGGCUUCGACCCGCACCCUUACAGCAUCGCUAGCAAUAUGGGCAUGCCCGGUGGUCCCAUCCCCGCCCAAGCCAUCCGACGAUAAGACGAAAUGACGCCUCCCAUGGUCCUUUUUCUUUCUUUUUUGAUAUUUACUCAAAGUUACGGACAAGGCUUAUUCAAAGAUCUAUACACUUCCGUUGCUUUUACGGCAUGCAGAGCUGAUGACAACCUUCUCCCCCCCCCCCCCCCCCCCCCCCCCCCUC